AGUGAAAACAGAAUUAAGUUGUGGAUCGUAGGGCUGAAGUUUAAAAUGAUAUUUUCAAUUAGCCAAUCGAAGCUCAAAAAUGUGGUAUCAAUUAAUUAGAAUAAAACAUAUCGAUAUUAAAGUCGAGAUGUACUAGUUAAAAGCCGAUAAUCGAUAUAGAAACGAUGUCUUAGCAUUUGCAAUGAUUUGCAACCUAUAGAGAUAGAAGCAGGCAGACUGUGAGCUGCGAGCGAAUUUCUGGAAUCAUCUAUGUGAAUUUAAACGGACGAUUACAGUGUACACAUAAAACGUUAUUUUAUUACUGAAAUAUUACACACGAACAUAAAAGAUUUUGGAGCAACAAUAUCAGAAUGGCAGCAGUGGACAUAUCUCCCAAGAAGGAUGGAGGUGUAUUGAAGGAAAUUAUUAAGGAAGGUAUUGGAGAUGAAACUCCACCACCUAGAAGCAAUGUAAAAGUACAUUACACCGGUACUUUGUUGGAUGGAACAAUGUUUGAUUCAAGCAAAGUCCGUAAUAGUCCAUUUAAAUUUGAGCUAAAAAAAGGAAAUGUCAUCAAAGCUUGGGAUAUCGGGGUGGCUACAAUGAAAAAAGGUGAAGUUGCACUAUUGACUUGUGCUCCUGAAUAUGCGUAUGGGAAGGCUGGUAAUCCACCUAAAAUUCCACAAAAUGCAACACUGAAGUUUGAAAUUGAAGUAAUUGAUUGGACAGGAGAAGAUUUAAGUCCUGACAAAGAUGGAAGUAUCGAAAGGUAUCAAAUUAUAGAAGGAAAAGACAGUAACACACCACAGAGUGAAGCUUUAGUAAAUGUACAUUUAAUAGGAAAGUAUAAUGAUAAAGUAUUCGAAGACAGAGAUGUUCAAUUCUCUCUUGGAGAAGGAGAAGUAUGUAAUAUUAUAAGUGGUGUGGAGAAAGCUUUAGAAUCCUUCAGUACUGGAGAAAAAUCAAUACUUAUAAUUAAAAGCAAGCAUGCAUUUGGAAAUGCGGGAAAACCAGAAUUUGAUAUUCCGCCAAAUGCAACCGUGGAAUAUGAAGUAGAGUUGAAAAGCUUUGAAAAAGGUGUAGAUUGUUGGUUAUUAAGCAAUCCUGAAAUUAUAGAACAAGCAAAGAUUUAUAAAGAGAAAGGAACAACUUACUUCAAAGGAAACAUGUACAAUUUAGCUAUUAAAAUGUAUGAAAAGGUUAUUUCGUGUCUGGAGUUUAUAGAGUCAUCUAAAGAAACCAGAGAUUCUGAAACAGAAAAUAGCCUUAUUUUAUCUGCUCACUUAAACCUUGCUCUAUGUUACUUGAAACUAGAUCAAAACGUUGAAGCAAAAGAUUCGUGUAAUAAAGCUCUAGCAUUAAGUCCCCAAAAUGAAAAAGCACUGUUCAGAAGAGGACAAGCCUACCUUGGAUUAGCAUCGCCCGAAAUUGCAAUUAAAGAUUUUCAAGAAGUUUUGAAAAUAGAUCCAAAAAAUACAGCAGCUGCCAAACAAAUUGGAGUUUGUAGUAAUCUUAUUAAGAAACAGUUAGUAAAAGAGAAAAAAUUAUAUGCAAAUAUGUUUGAUAAAUUUGCUCAAGAAGAUAAACAGAAGGAGGAGAAAGAGAUGCAAGCACAACCAGAUGUAAUGAACGUGGCUCUAGGUGAAUGGGGGCAAGAAGAACGACCUGGAGGUAGAGAUGCAACUGCUUUUGAAAAGGAGAAUCCUAACAUACUUAUGCUCAAUGCUAAUGGUACUGGUGAAUUUCAGGACAUGUGAAAGACUCUUUCUUUUCCUUGCACUGCCCCCAUUUUUAACUGCCAAUGACUUGAAACUUCAUCAAUUAUUAUUUUCAUAAAAUAUCACAUAAAUGCAUGUCUUUAAGUUUAUUAGUAUUCUGUGACAUACGAUACAGCCUAGUCAUCAAAUUUCAUAUCUCAUGCAAGUCAUGAAUUUUAUUAAAUAAAACUUCUAUCUUCAUUGUAUUCGUGUUUUCUAUAAGCUGAAAUCAUUUACAAUAAUAAAAAAAUUACAGUAAAGUUUAUCACUACGAUACAUUUAUUUUAUACUAUUGGUUAGUGUAUUUGAUAAUAAUGUAUAUUUAAAAUUGUAAUGCUUUUAUUAACAAUAUUACAACAAUCUGCAAUUCAUCAUUUCAUAUAAUUGUAAAUGCAGCAUGAUGGGACAUAAUGAUAAUACAUACCUCUUGAAUAAGUAACACCCUUUGUUUACCUUUUAGCAAACAUUUGCAAUACAGGUUAUUAUUAUUAUUUACAAAAGUAUCGAAGGAGGCUAAAAUAUACUUACUUGCUAUAAAAAAUUUGUCUCUUAUUGUUCUGGCACAAUCAAGUACUUCAUACACUCAAGGUCUUCCUCUAUAUUGCAGUGAAUUAAAAGAUGGCACAAAUGUUAGGAGACUGAUUUUGACCUAAACUUCUUUCGAUUCUCUCAAGUAUGAUAUAAAAAAAUUGUUACAAAUACUGUGUAAAUGUCUUGUCUACUAUUUCUGCCCCCUAAGUGAAACGCUGCCUAUGCUUUUAGUUACGAGUAUUCUAGUUUACAAAA